GGGCCCACUAUCAGCAGAUUACUGUACUGUGAUAACAGCGAGUUAUGUAAGCGUCAGGAUCUUGAAUAAUCGACAAGUGUAUCCGAGUUCAUUGAAAAAUUAUAUAGUAUCAGCUGAUCGAAACUAUGUGUUCCGCAAAAACACCACGCAUACUUUCAAUUCAGAGUCAUGUUGUAUCAGGAUAUGUUGGCAAUAAAAGCGCAACUUUCCCGUUACAGCUAUUAGGCUUUGAAGUCGACGCAAUUAACUCUGUACAAUUAUCUAAUCAUACUGGUUAUAAAGCAUUUAAAGGUCAGAUACUCAAUGAUAAAGAUCUAGACGACCUAGUUGAUGGUUUGGCGCAAAAUAACUUGGAUAAUUAUACGCAUUUACUGACUGGAUAUAUUGGUUCAGCUUCUUUUUUAAAAAGAGUAGCAUUAUUGGUCACGACAUUGAAAAGUAAAAAUCCAAAUCUUAUUUACGUUUGUGAUCCUGUUAUGGGUGAUAAUGGGAAGAUGUAUGUCCCAGAAGCACUGAAGGAAAUUUACAAGAAGGAGAUAGUUCCAUUAGCAGAUGUGCUUACUCCUAAUCAGUUUGAAUUAGAAUUACUGACAGAUGAAAAAAUUACCAAUAUUGCUGAAUUGCAAAAUGCAGUUAAAAAAUUGCAUCAAAUUGGACCCAAAAUUGUAGCUGUAUCAUCAACUGAGCUUAACAACAAAUUGACAGCAGUAGUUAGCGCUGAAAAAAAUAAUAUAUUGUUAAAAUUAGACAUUCCAAAAAUACCAGCCACUUUUACGGGGUCUGGAGAUCUCUUUGCUGCAUUAUUUCUUGCUCACUUGUAUUUGCAAAACAAUAUGAAGAUCACCAUGGAGAAAACUAUAAAUUCUCUAUACAGCGUAUUACUUAAUACUUAUGAAUAUUCUAAAGUAUAUGCAAACACUGAAGAUCAAAAUGCUAGAAAAAUCGAAUUACAACUUAUACAAAGUAAGAAGAAUAUUGAAAAUCCAGAAAUUUCUCUGUUUGCGGAAUCCUUAUAACACACAUUAUGAGGAAAGCUUGAAUGUUUAUGUGCGAGUUGCCAGAGAAAAAUAUAUAUUAUAAACAAAAAAAAAUUGUACAUAUAUAAUGUUUAUAUAAUGUAUAUAAUGAUAUUUUAAGUUACCAAUUUGUUAAAUUGCAACGCAUAAUAUCACAAAAGAUAUUGCAUUUAUAAUAUAAAAUUUUUGCUAUAUAUGUAUAAUGAAUAUAAUGUAAAAUGAAAUUCCAAAGACCAAUAUAUGUCUUCCAAAGAGAAAA